AUGUCGACGACACCUGUCGUGCAGCUCGUUGGCCCGUUGAUCAUUGGGCUUUGUCUCGACUGGGGGUUGCUUGGUUGUUCAAGCGUACAGACAUAUUAUUACUAUUGCCUCUUUCCCAACGACCGGAGGUCCUUGAAGUCCUUGGUGUACUUCCUCUAUCUUUGGGGCGUUGUGCAGACCCUUCUCUUCACUCAGCAAGUAUUCGACAACUUGGCGAAGGGCUGGGGAAGUCCCAUCGCACUGGAGGCGAAAGGCACUCUUUGGUUCAGUGUGCCGAUCAUGAGUGGUGUGGCAAGCACCGUUGUUCAAUGCUUCUACUCGUGGAGAGUUUUGCGUCUCAGCAAGUCAUACUUCCUCAGCGUAGUGAUUGUUGUACUCGCCCUCAUGGAAGGCUCCAGCAGCAUAGCACUGGGGUUCAUCGGGAGAUUUGAAGUUCAGUCGUUGGCCGAACUACAGUCGAAGACCUUUGCUGUUACUAGUGUUUGGCUUCUCGGUAGUGCCAUUUGCGAUGUUGUCAUCGGUGCCAGCAUGGUAUUCUUUCUGACCCGCCUUCGCCACGACUCUUUCGACCGUGCCGCCGAGAACCUGGUUACUCGUCUCGUCCGUCUGUGCGUUGGCGCCGGAGUCAUCACAGCUGUUGUUGCUAUUAUCGACAGUGCUUUGUAUAUCGCAUAUAUACACAACAACUACCACUUUGCACCUGCAGCCACCUUAGGGAAACUGUAUGUCAACUCUCUACUUGUCCUUCUGAACAGUCGUCAACGUCACAUUGCGGAUGAUCCUCAAAGGGGCGGAAAGCUAUGGCGUUCGUCUCGCCGUACUGUGGACAUUCGCCCGGAAGUUGCUGAAGAGGAUGUCAGCAUGACAUCCUGUAAUAGUACACGAAACUCUUCCGGAGACCCUAAGCCCGGUGAUGGCAAGCAUAUCGUAUAA